GGGAGGAGGAGGAGGAGGAGGAGUGAGCGCACUGAGAUUUUUGUCGGUCAAUCUCCAGACGAGAAGUGUUGAGUGAGUGGAGGGGGAUUCCUUCUUUGUCAAAUCAUAAAGAGCGAAAGCGUUACAGCGACACACACACACACAUACAGCUCUCCACUGCUGUUGUGUGCGUGUCUUUCCACAACAGCCACCCGUAACACACAGAAUAUUGUUCAGUACUAAAGACCACACACACACACACACGCGCGCGCGGGCGAGCGCGCGCGCUGGUGGUGGUGUGUUGUGUGUGUUGAUUUCUGGGCUGUCACCAUCAUCACUGUCACCACCACCACCAUCAUCAUCAUCAAGAUCAUCGUCGUCAAUACACCACUCCAGGGAGUUGUCCGCACAUCUUCGGCUGACAUCCGAGACGGGAAAUUCGAAAGCCAGAGGAGAAGAAGAAAGAGGCUAACACCUCGUGGAAAAAGGAAAACACCCCCCCCCCCCCCCGCAAGAAAACGGAGUGAAAAAUACCCAACCGUGAAUGCUAGUGGGAGGAGGAGGGGGAGCAGGAGGGAGGCGGAGAUGGACGACCCCACUCGGAUGAUGCAGGGCCACCCGGGCCUGGCGCUGAGCGCCCACACUGCGCCCAUGGGCCUGCACACGCACGGCGGGGACGAGGUGGACGGCCGCGGCAAGCACGACAUCGGUGACAUCCUGCAGCAGAUCAUGACCAUCACCGACCAGAGCCUUGACGAGGCGCAAGCCAGAAAGCACGGAUUAAACUGCCAUCGGAUGAAGCCGGCGCUCUUCAGCGUCCUCUGCGAAAUAAAGGAGAAAACAGUGCUUAGCAUCCGGGGGGCCCAGGAGGAGGAGCCCCCGGAUCCGCAGCUCAUGCGUCUGGACAACAUGCUGCUGGCCGAGGGGGUGGCCGGCCCCGAGAAGGGGGGCGGCUCAGCGGCGGCCGCCGCGGCCGCCGCGGCCGCCGCGGUCGGCGGCGGCGGAGGAGGAGGAGGAGGCGGGGGCGGCGGCCCGAACGCCGACAACUCCAUCGAGCACUCGGACUACCGUGCCAAGCUGGCGCAGAUCCGCCAGAUCUACCACACGGAGCUCGAGAAAUACGAGCAGGCGUGCAACGAGUUCACGACCCACGUGAUGAACCUGCUGCGGGAGCAGAGCCGCACGCGGCCCAUCUCGCCCAAGGAGAUCGAGCGCAUGGUGGGCAUCAUCCACCGCAAGUUCAGCUCCAUCCAGAUGCAGCUCAAGCAGAGCACGUGCGAGGCCGUCAUGAUCCUGCGCUCGCGGUUCCUCGACGCGCGGAGAAAGCGGCGCAACUUCAGCAAGCAGGCGACGGAGAUCCUGAACGAGUACUUCUACUCACACCUCAGCAACCCCUACCCCAGCGAGGAGGCCAAGGAGGAGUUGGCCAAGAAAUGCUGUAUCACUGUGUCGCAGGUGUCCAACUGGUUCGGCAACAAGCGGAUCCGGUACAAGAAGAACAUCGGCAAGUUCCAGGAGGAGGCCAACCUGUACGCGGCCAAGACGGCCGUGUCGGCCACCAGCGCCGCCGGGCAGCACGGCAGCCCCGCCACGUCGCCCACCACGCCCACGUCGGCCGGUUCCUCCGUGCCCUUUAGCUCGCCUAAUGCAGGAGACUUGUUCAUGAUGCAGAGUCUCAAUGGCGAGAGCUUCUCCUCCUCACAGGUUGGGAGCCAUGUGCAAUCACAGGUAGCUUCCCUUCGCCAUAUCAAUCAGACCGUCGGAUACAGUGACCCCGUGGGGGCGCGCCACAUGUACAGUCCACAACCUCUCACCACGAACGGUCGCUGGCAGGAGGCAAAAACGCCGUCUCCGGCUGACGGCCCCGGCAGCGUCCACUCUGACACCUCCAAUUAGCGCCAGCGCCACUCUCCCGUGGAACUGGCAGCGCCGUGCGCCCAUGCGCGCGCGUGCGUGUUUGUGCGUGCGUGUGUCGCACUGGCGACGUCUCGCCACCGUUCAUUUCCUUCACGAGAUCAGCGACGGGAAUAUCAGUGGUUUGUGUUUUGUGUGUGUGUGUGUAAUUUUUUUCAUUGACGAUGGCUCACAUAUGUGAAGUUGAUCGAGGCCGCUCCAUGUCUCUCAGUCUGGUCCACGUCUCUUAGUCGUCCAGUUCCACCACUCUGGGUCCGGUCCUUGACUCUCAGUCUGGUCCAGGUCUCUUAGUCUAGUUCCACCACUCUGAAUCCGGUCCUUGACUCUCAGUCUGGUCCAUGACGCUUAGUCCCGCUCCAUGACUUUUUAGUCCAGUCCCAUGAUUCGUAGUUGACUCUAUGACUCCUAAUCCGCUCCAUGAUUCUCGGUCUGCUGCAUGAAUCUCAGUCCAGUCCAUGGCUCUGAAUCCAGGCCAUGACUCUUAGUCCAGUCCAUGACACUAAGUCCAGUCCAUGGCUCUGAAUCCAGUCCAUGACUCUGAAUCCAGUCCACGCCUCUGAAUCCAGUCCACGACUCUGAAUCCAGUCCACGCUUCUGAAUCCAGUCCACACCUCUGAAUCCAGUCCACGCCUCUGAAUCCAGUCCACGACUCUGAAUCCAGUCCACGUCUCCGAAUCCAGUCCACGACUCUGAAUCCAGUCCACGACUCUGAAUCCAGUCCACGACUCUGAAUCCAGUCCACGCUUCUGAAUCCAGUCCACGCCUCUGAAUCCAGUCCACGACUCUGAAUCCAGGCCAUGACUCUGAAUCCAGUCCACGCCUCUGAAUCCAGUCCACGCUUCUGAAUCUAGUCCACGCCUGUGAAUCCAGGCAUGGCUCUGAAUCCAGGCCAUGACUCUGAAUCCAGUCCACGCCUCUGAAUCCAGUCCACGCCUCUGAAUCCAGUCCACGACUCUGAAUCCAGUCCACGUCUCUGAAUCCAGUCCGCGACUCUGAAUCCACUCACAACUCUGAAUCCAGUCCACGCUUCUGAAUCCAGUCCACGCCUCUGAAUCCAGUCCACGCCUCUGAAUCCAGUCCACGACUCUGAAUCCAGUCCACGUCUCCGAAUCCAGUCCACGACUCUGAAUCCAGUCCACGACUCUGAAUCCAGUCCACGACUCUGAAUCCAGUCCACGACUCUGAAUCCAGUCCACGUCUCUGAAUCCAGUCCGCGACUCUGAAUCCACUCACAACUCUGAAUCCAGUCCACGCCUCUGAAUCCAGUCCACGUCUCUGAAUCCAGUCCACGCCUCUUAAUUUAGUCCAUGCCUCUUAAUUUAGUCCACGACUCUGAAUCCAGUCCACGCCUCUGAAUCCAGUCCACGCCUCUGAAUCCAGUCCACGCCUCCGAAUCCAGUCCACGCCUCUGAAUCCAGUCCAUGCCUCUGAAUCCAGUCCGCGACUCUUAAUUUACUCACAACUCCGAAUCCAGUCCCACGGCUCCGAGUCCGCUUCGCGACUCUCAGCCCGGCCGUUAACUCCACGCGAUGAGACUGAACGGUCACCAGGGCCUGGGCCGGCCACUCCGCUGUGCUUGUCGACGGCGAGCGGAACCGCGGCACACGACCGAAACCUCAGACGGCGCCGGCUGGAGGACCGCCGGUGCACAGCCGCCUGCCCCGCUUUUGCCGGGUCGCCAGUUUAGAGCGCGGAGCGGAUUCGCAGGCGCAGCGGAUUUGUCGAUCGUCGUGGAGGGCGAGGGGGUAGGGGGGGGUAGGGGGGCGAGGGGUUCUACUCGAUGUGGUGUGCCGGGCGCACGCGUUGACUUCUACCUCUUUGGCAACCUUUCCCCCGCUCCAGUUUAACAAGUUGGGAGGCUCUCGCGACCAAUGUCAUCCGCAAUGCGGGUUCUGGAAGUUUGGUGUCGCGUAAAUAUACAAACGCCCAGUUAAACCCGCCACCGCCGCCCGGCACGGUCAACCAGCGAGGUUUGUCACGUGAACAGAACGCGGCCAAUUCUCUCGCUAGUGCAGCAGCACACAACCUAGUACGACGUUUUCGCCGACGAUUGCAACCAGCUUCAUCAGGCGACAGCCAGAUUUGCGGAGAAGUCGUCCACAUGUUUCGUUCCGUACGUCGAGGCGUAGAUGUGGUGACAUCUUACAGUGGCGCACGGCAUCGAAGCGAAACUAGAAGUGCAAACAAAGGCGUCGAAACAACGAAAAUGAAAUAUCUCUCAUCGCUUUAUCUCUCUCAUCACUUUAUCUCUCAUCACUUUAUCUCUCAUCACUUUAUCUCUCAUCGCUUUAUCUCUCUCAUCACUUUA